UAGUGACUAUAUAGUGCAUCGAGUGCAGCGGUGAAAUCAGUUUCAGACAGUUUGUGUCGCUUGUUUUCUUUUUUCAUUGAUAAAAAGGAAUACAACUUUUUCGCACUUUGCAAUUCAGGAAAGCACUGCAUUCGGCGAUGGAUUUUAUCCAAGAAGCAAUUUUUCUUGGAGUUGAUGCCCUGUUGCUGGGACUGUUUCUAAAAGAAUACAUUUAUUACAGGAAAGUAAGCUCGUCGCUGAAAGGUGCCCCGCAGCUUCCGAUAGAUGAAUCCUUGGUGAACAGUUUAAAAAAGAACGAUGGUAAAAUUAAAUAUGCCGUCAUUAGGGGUACCGUCACUCCCAUUGGUGCUGCACUUCAUAGUGUUAUGACUCCAUCCGUCACAGGUGUACUUCAGAUUAUGAAAUUGAAUGAACACCGCGUUGCUCGUGGAUUUGCAGGGUUCUGGGCCGAACAGCGUAAGUUGAUACACAUCUCCUGCAACGAAGUACCAUUCAGCUUGACGAACGGUAAGCUUGCUGUUGAAGUCAUCGACGGGCUAUCAGCUGAUGUCCUGGACAUGGACACAAUUUAUGAUAACUAUGAACCAGCCAGUUUGUCAUUUUUUGAUCACAUUUUUGGGUUCUUCUCUGGAGUUCGUCAGAAAGGAAUUCAAACGACCGAAGAAGUCUUGCGUGACGGUAGUUUUAUAACAGCUGUAGGAGAAAUCGAACUAGAUGGAAACAGUAUCCGAUUGCAGCCUUCUACGGUUGCACCUAUGUUCCUUACUACAGCUACAAAAAACACAUUGUUGAAAAGGUUUGAGGAAGCGAAAUCCUCGAUGCUUUUCAAAGUUAUCGUUUGUGGGACUAUAUCCGCGGUACUAAUUGGACUUAUUAGUAAAAAAAUUUACAAGCGCAAAAAGGUAGAGUGGGAAGAAAGGCGCGUACGAGAAAUGUUGGAAAAAUCUCGAGCACAACGCAGAGCUUUAGCAAGACAGCAGGUGUAUAAUGAUGAGCAGAAAUGUGUCGUAUGCGUAGAUAAUCCAAAGGAGGUGAUUUGUCUUCCAUGCGGUCAUGUUUGUCUUUGUGAAACGUGCGCAGAAAAAAUUAAGACAAGCUGUCCUGUUUGCCGGUCUAAGAUAGAAACGAAAGCGGCGGCAUUUAUAACGUGAAGUCGAAGAAAUUAGACGGUAUGUGUUAUACAGUUCAGUUGAUUUUUUGGCAAUACAUAACUAUCGCUGUCAUGCUUUGAAAUGCUUUUCAAUAACAAAUUUAUUAAAAAUUUUAUUGUAAAGAUUUUGGUCCUAAUCAUCCAUAAUCGAUUGGUACGCUCGUUGAUCGUCAACCAUACGCAAAAAAACGCAAUAUUUUCGCUCGUGAUAUUCACGGUUGCUAUCGCUCAUAUCUGGUUUGACAACCUCGGCCUGUCCUCCCAUCUUAGCAGCAGCGGUCUACAAACGUAUCUCUGUGAAAGCUGUCCAAAUAGCGGAUUUUAUGAAUACCAACCUCUAAGUCUACGUAAACAUUAGCAGCGCAGGCACCCAUAAUUGCGGACCCUAGCAGAACAGCUUCCGUUUCGAGAGGUAACAGCACCGGUACAGAGCAAAUGUCGGCGUGAGUUUGCACGAAAAGCGAGUUUUUGCUCAGCCCACCACAUAACAAGAUAGAUCGUAUUGAUUCUCUUCCAGAACGCGCCAAAACAUUCAUAAUGUGGCGAGUACCAUACUAAAAAAAUAAAAAAUUAUGAAAAUGUAUGCAAAUACAUUCGAAAAUCUGUAGAGAUGACAUUAAAAGUAAUCGUGUGGGUACAUUUCAA